ACGCACUUCUAUUCCUCGGCCACCGUCGGUCUUGCUGUAAUCCAGUCACGAGAGCACAACGCUGGCCCUCAAUCAUCUCAGCGAUUCGCAUCAUACAAUACACAUUGCCAGCGCGCCGAGGAAUUACCACUUCCUAGGUUCACAAUCCUGGCCAGUUGCGCCCUGAUCCUGGUUGCACAGAUCUCGAGAAGACAUGCGAGACGCGGCGGCCGUCACGUCCGUAGCACUACUACUGCACUGGUGAGCGCACAAUAAUGACGGAGCCUGGCUCUGGAUCAUUGGCGUCACUUCGUCCUCCCAGUCGCGCCGCCAAAGGAUUUGCCAAUUCAUCAACCACCUCAUUGCCCAGCAGCAGCGACGAUGCCGACAAUGCGCUUGGAUUUCGAUCUUCUAUGGACAGGGCCAUUAGCAAGGUCAAGGACCGCUCCAGCCGAAGAGGCUCCGUCGACAGCCGCCGGGACAGCGAGGACCCCUCGGCGCGUCGACUGUCAACUUUCGUUGCAAAGACCAAACGGAAGAUCCGCACAGGUCGUACCAACGAGAUAGAGCGCACAUUGAGCAAUGAUUCGAACGGCCUGGAUGUCGAGCACUCCGACUCAUCGCUGCUGCAAAGUGGAAGUGGUCGAAGCAGUCUGUUUACCGACGACGAAAGAACUGAUGAUAAUAAUAAUCCUAUCCGGCCAUCUCUUUCCACACACAAUUCACAUACCGGCUAUCUGACGUACUCGUCGCCCGAGAUCAACGCGCAAACGAGCUCAACCCUACGAGAGCCUGACGACCUCAUUCCUUCCGUGACGGCCGAGGCACUGGCUAACAUUCCACACAUCGUCGAACCCCCAACCACCACCGAUACUCUACCCACCGCAUCGCGAACCGAUCGCAGCCCUUCACCUGCCAGCAAAUUACGUGGCAAGCUAAACUUAUCUCGAAAGAAGUCGGGCGACGUAGAGGCAGUCAAGUCAGGGAGUGGAAGUGGUGGCCUUGGGGGGCUGUUCAAGACCGUAAGCAGGAGGAAUAGUGUCAACGAUUUGCAGGAAGCCGAGGAUACGACAUCAGCUUCGCCGGCCAAACAAUCAUCGCUGCCUGUCGUCAAUCAAGAACGGCCAGAGACCCCGAAGCGAAAGGGCAAGCAGCAGCUCGAGACACAAUCGCCAUCGACCCCUCACCUCCUUGAUACACCGACCACACUGGUAACUCCUCCCACGCCAACUGAGUUCACAGCCGCCUCUGCGACCUUUCCCUUGAUAUCACCUACUAAGAGCUCACCCGCGACACGUGCCUUGAGCUCAGUCGAGGCAAUACGGCGUCGGCGAGCUGAAUCCGCGGCCAGCCUGCCAAGCAAGCUCUCUAAUAGCACCGUAGUCCCUUUGACGCCGACUGUCGAAGAAGCUAAGACACCCGGUGGCACAUUGACGCAGGGAACUCAACACGAAGGGGCAUCAGGCUUCUUUACUUCGUUCUUCACGGCCACACAGAAAGCCGCAGGCUCAGUCGGAAGCGGCAUCAACAUUCUGCCGUUUCAGAAAGCAAAAACCAACAGCACUCCUCAGCUCGUCGAUGCUGGCGAAGGUGGUGAAGAGGUCAUUCCAGGUUCAGAAAGCAGACCAGCAACUGGGCUAGGCGACGGCGACAGAGCUCCCCCUGCCAUUGAGACACUCGGCAAGGGUAAUCUGAACUUUGGGCACUUGGGCAUUUCUGAAAGCGCACCGGAUCUCAUGGCUGCGGUGAGCGAUCCUCCAGCAAUCGGGCAGAUUGAUGGGUCCAACCAAAAUGGCGAGAAGAGCAGAGCAGUCGAGGAGGAUGCUGCUGCUCGCGCUGUUUCCAGCGCCUACGAGAAACAGCCGUCUGAGACGGGGACCGUGCUCAACGGCCACAACCGACCUUUGUCGAUCGCAUCAAAUGAGCGUCUAACGUUAGGAGAGCAGACCCCUCCUCGGCCAGCUGCAGGUGCCGAAAGUACCAUCGGCAAACGCUCUAAUAGCGUCAGGAGCAAGCUGAGUGGUCGCCGGAAGCAUCGUGGUAGCUCAGCAACAGCAGGCACUGGCAAUUCCAUCGCUGCAGCACUCAAGGAUAGCACCACGGGCCUCGCUCAACCAGGUGCACAUGGCACUGGCCAUCGGCUUACGGGCUUCGCUGUUGCGAGUAGUAAGCGCAACAAAGAUUUCCAUAACCAAUUCCGCAGUGUCCCUGAGGACGACUAUCUCAUUGAAGACUACUCCGCUGCAUUGCAGCGAGACAUCCUGCUUCACGGACGUUUGUAUGUUUCCGAAGGCCACAUAUGCUUUUCAAGCAACAUCCUUGGCUGGGUGACAAACCUUGUCAUUAGUUUCGAUGAAGUUAUCUCCAUCGAGAAGAAGAGCACUGCAGUCAUCUUUCCAAACGCGUUGAUCAUCUCGACUCUCCAAGCACGUAACACUUUUGCGAGCUUCGUGGCGCGCGACUCUACAUACGAGCUUUUGAUUGGUAUAUGGAAGAUCGGCCAUCCAAAUCUGAAGAGCUCACUGAACGGCGUGGUGCUUAACAACGCGGGCACUGGCGAUAAAACAGAGGUAGCAGAGGAGCCCGGUGGAGGGCACGACUCCACAGAAGGUUCCGAUGACGAGGUCUACGAUGAGGACGCGGAUGACGACGAAGAUGAUGCAGGCAGUUUUACCGACGGGGGUAUGGGAGCCAGCGAUGUUGGCAGCAAUGUCGGCGAUCAUAGUCUCAGUCGUAAGACUUCUGCGAUUCCAGUCGCUCCAGCGCCACAAGUCAACGGGACUGUACCCAAAGGACUCGAGGGUGCAGAUACUGCCGUCACCGGAGCCGCUGUGAGCAGUGAAUUUCCUGGAGCGCCCGCUCACGAGCCGACUGAGUGCAGCGACAGCGCAGAACAUUACGACAGAGCUUUGAUCGACACAACGAUACCAGCACCCCUUGGCCAGGUGUAUUCCCUCAUGUUCGGUCCAGCUUCAGGAGCGUUCAUGAAGAAAUGGCUGGUGGAAGAUCAAAAGUCCCGCGAGCUGAACUAUGCUGAUGACAAGAUCGGCUUGGACAAUGAUCACAAGACCUUCACAUUCGACUACAUCAAGCCGUUAUUCAAUCCUGUUGGGCCCAAGCAGACAAGAUGCACGACUACGAACACUUUGAAAGCAUUUGACUUAGACAAGGCAGUCUCCGUGGAGUGCAGCACAGUAACUCCAGAUGUGCCGAGCGGCAGUUCUUUUACUACAAAGACCAGAUAUUGCCUCAUGUGGGGCCCGAAUAACUCAACCAGGAUGCUUGCCAGCUUCACUCUCGAGUGGACAGCCAAGAGUUGGUUGAAGAGUGCCAUCGAAAGCGGUGCUUUAUCUGGACAAACCGAGUAUGUGAAGGCCAUCGUCGCCAGCAUCAAAGCUGCCGUGACGACCAAACCUCCAGUCAAGGGAAUUCCGCGGAAAGGCAAGCGGAAAGGUGGGAGGAAGGAAAUCUUCGACACGACUGAAGUUGUCGCACAGCGCGAAGCUCCCGCUUCACAAGCCGCUUCGCAAACCCACUGGGGCCCUUUGGAACCCGUGCGGCCACUGCUGGAGCCGAUUGGUGCUCUACUUCGCCCAUUCUUCAACGCCCAGGUCCUUAUUGCUGUGUUAGUCGUCCUGUUAACCUAUUCGUGGUUGUUGCCAAGCCGAGGAGGACGUCAGGUAGGCGUUCCUGGUUAUGCGUCACCGGAUCGUAUCGCAGCAUACGAAGAGCUCUGGCGACGGGAAGAGACGGCUUUGUGGGAUUGGUUAGAGGAUCGCGUAGGCCUUGCAGGUGUGCAUUCAUCCUCGAGUCAACAUGAUCGCUCGAAGGGACCUAAGAGCAAACCAAAGAAUGAAGACCUUGACACGCAGCGCAUGAGCGAGAGGCAGAUGGAUGCCGCAAUCAAAAGCACUGAAGAGAAGUUGUCUGCUUUGAAAGAAGCCGUGGAAAGACGGAAGCAGAAGCGCGAUACGAGGAAUUAGCGUUGCAUAGAUAUAUCACGAUGAUCCUGCCAGCCUGUG